AUGGCAGCAGCUUCGACAGAUUCAGGACAAAGCUCCACCAAGAUAACUCCUGAAGCGUUGCAGGAGAUGCUCCAGCACUACAACCUGAGCCGACAAGAGUUCAUCAACACUUACAAAAUCCAGCCGCUCGUCUACAUCCCCGAGUUGCCCUACAGCGCCAAGACCACCUUCGUGAUCAUGUACAUGCUGAUUUUCUUGCUGGCUCUGGCUGGAAAUAGUUUGGUCAUCUACAUAGUUUUGAAGAAACGAGCGAUCCAGACGGCGACGGAUAUUUUUAUUUGCUCUCUGGCGGUCAGUGACCUGCUCAUCACUUUCUUCUGCAUACCUUUCACUUUGCUGCAGAACAUCUCGUCCGAGUGGGUCGGAGGGGUUCUGGUUUGCAAGACAGUUCCCUUUGUACAGACUACAGCCAUAGUGACAGGCAUCCUCACCAUGACCUGCAUUGCCAUUGAGAGAUACCAGGGCAUUGUUUUCCCGCUGAAAAUGAGGAGGCAGUACUCGUCCAAAAGAGCAUACAAUAUGCUAGGGCUGGUAUGGAUGGCCUCAGUGAUAGUGGGUUCCCCGAUGCUGUUUGUGCAACAGCUAGAGGUGAAGUACGACUUCUUGUAUGAUCACUACCACGUGUGCUGUCAGGAGAGUUGGCGCUCUCUCACUCACAGGCAGGUGUACACCACCUUCAUCAUGGUGGCUCUUUUCCUGAUCCCCCUGGCAGCCAUGCUUUUCCUCUACACACGUAUUGGCAUUGAGUUGUGGAUCCGCAAGAGGGUGGGCGACUCUUCAGUGCUCAACACCAUGAACCACAGGGAGAUCAGUAAGAUCUCAAGGAAAAAGAAAAGAGCCGUUAAAAUGAUGAUCACCAUCGUUCUGCUAUUCACCAUUUGCUGGGCACCAUUCCACACAGUCCACAUGCUGUUUGAGUACUAUGACCUUGAAAACAAAUAUGACGGAGUCACACUCAACAUGAUCAUGGCCAUUGUUCAGGCCAUAGGGUUCUUCAACAGCUUCAACAAUCCAAUUGUGUAUGCCUUCAUGAACGAGAACUUCAAGAAAAGCUGUGUCUCCACCCUCUCCCACUGCAUACGUAAGCCUAACCAGCAACAAGGCGGCGCCGUGGUGAUGCCCAAACUGACCGUUCAGUUCAUCAAACCCCAAAGCAGAGAAGCCUUCCUGGAAUCAGAUGAAGGCGAUAGCUUGAACCAGCACUCAGCAGAGAAAGGACCUUCAAGUUCGUCGGCCGGAGAGAGCUUGUUGGAAAUAAUAGGAGAAAAAAUCUCAACCAUCCAAACAGAGCUCCCUGCAAACAGCUCCUCUCAAGUCAAAUGA